AUGAAGCCGUAUCAUCAACAGCUUGACGAACUCCUCCCGAAUUUUCAAAAAGUGACUUUCAUGCAUGUACCGAGGAUGAAGAACCGCUUUGCAGAUGCCCUGGGCACUCUAGCAUCCAUGCUGGAACUUCCAAUUGGGGUAAAGUUGAGGCCUGUCAUGAUUGAACAGAGGGGAAAACGUGUGUACGGCCAUAUCAUGAACAUCGACGAAUCGGACGAUGGGCUCCCUUGGUUCUACGACAUUCGGAAUCUCGUUGAAAAGGGGGAGUUCCCUGCGGAUUCAACUAGGAAAGAUCGGAUCGCACUGCAGCGACUCGCGUCUCAAUACAUCGCCUGUGGAGGACAAUUGUACCGGCGAUCUCCUUGCGGAGUUCACAAGUUGUGUAUUCACGGAGACGACAUCAGAGCGACAGAUUGCAUCGAGUAUGUAUGA